ACCUUCUUCAUCAUCCCCUUCACCGUGGAGCCAAGCCCUCAUUUCUCUACGUAAAAUCGAUUGAUUCAAUUCCUUAAACCCCAAUUAUCCCCUAAUUUAGCAACUAAAUACGACUCUCUCUUUUUCUGGGCAUUCCCUUACCCGACAGAAUCAUGCCGGACGUGCAUUCCCUCGUGAAUGAGUUCGUAAUCAAGCUCAACAAACGCCAAAUCGAGGGUUCGAAGAUGACGGCGAAGCUUACGGCGGAAUUGCUCCGUUCCUUUAUAUCUCAGCAGAGGCUGCCGCACAGUAACCAAGCUGGGGCUCUCAUUGAUGCCGUGAAGGCGGUUGGGGAGAAGCUCAUCGCUGCUAAACCCGUUGAGUUGGCUGCUGGGAAUGUUGUCCGCCGUGUUCUACAUAUAAUACGCGAAGAAGAUAUUUCUCUUACUAAUGCUGCUGUUGGUGGAUUGAAUUUGGCAUCUGAAAGCGAUGAUGAUGACGGCAAUGAUGAAUAUGAUCGUCCUGUUCUUUCAGCUUCUGCUGUAGCUGCCGCUGCAAGAAAUUCCUUAAGGCCACCUUCGUUGCAGACUUUACUUGAGGACAUACCUCAUUCAGCAGCUGUUCCUCAUCCCUCUUCUUCUGGGGGUGAUUCUGAAGGAAAAAGCAAAUCUGCUGAUAAGAACUCAAUGACACGGAAACUGAAACACAAUGUCAUUGAGGUGGUUAACGAACUUAUUCAAGAAAUUUCCACUUGCCAUGAACAGAUUGCUGAACAAGCAGUGGAACAUAUACAUCAUAAUGAGGUCAUCUUGACGCUGGGCAGUUCACACACAGUAAAAGAGUUUCUACUUGCUGCAAAAGAAAAAAAGAGGUCUUUCCGUGUAUUUGUCGCCGAAGGUGCUCCAAGAUAUCAGGGGCAUGCUUUUGCAAAAGAACUGGCUGCCAGUGGCCUACAAACUACGGUUAUUACCGAUUCUGCGGUUUUUGCCAUGAUAUCCCGUGUCAAUAUGGUUAUAGUGGGAGCACAUGCUGUCAUGGCUAAUGGUGGUGUUAUUGCUCCUGUGGGGUUAAAUAUGGUUGCCCUAGCAGCUAAAAGACAUGCUGUUCCUUUUGCAGUACUUGCUGGAGUUUAUAAGCUGUGCCCUCUGUACCCUCACAACCCAGAGGUCCUGUUGAAUGAACUGAAGUCUCCAUCUGAGUUGCUGGACUUUGGAGAAUUCUCAGAUUGCUUGGAUUUUGGUAGUGGCAGUGGUUCACCUCUUAUUCAUGUUGUGAAUCCUGCAUUUGAUUAUGUGCCACCGGAUCUUGUUAGCCUGUUUAUUACCGACACUGGUGGUCACAAUCCUUCAUAUAUAUAUCGGCUCAUUGCUGAUUUUUACUCGCCCGACGAUUUGGUAGUGCGACGGAUAUCAGCUUCUUGAAGAUCACUUUUUGCUAACCAUGCUCUGAAACAUGUUGUGAAAUCUAAAAUUUAGCAGAUCCGGGUAAGUAAGAAAUUCAAGCCAAGAUGGGAGAAGGUUGAUCUUGCAGUAGAUUCGAUUCAAUAGAGCAGGAGUAAAUACCCCUGAGAAUUGAAGUCGUCGAAAUUUUGAUGGUCAUGUUUGCUGUGACGAAGACAGUGUGACAUGUCGAAGUAUUGCAUAUGUAGGUCAUUCCUGGAUGGUGCGAGGAGCAAAACAUGCCCUUUCAACUUGUAAACAACUCUGUAACUGAGUGAGUUUAAUUACGUAUGAACAUCAUAUCGAGCCUUAGCCGUUUUCUUCUUCAGUGAAAAUUUUGGGAUAUGAUUUGGCCUCCUUUUUGACAAGAGUUGAAGCUGAUUUCUUUAAUAA